UACCGGUAGAUAGCCGACUUUCGCUUAUCUUAGUCUUCCACGCCAUUGUCUAUUCCCACUCGGAGUAAGCGUGUAUUGAGGUAGCUACCUGUAUGCAGCAAAUCUACAUGUUGGUAAACUGGAAGAAAAAAGAAAAGAGGGAAUGCUGGCAAACGUGAAAUUACUUUUCUUCUUCGCUACCUUCUCUGCUGUGAAUUUGUUUUGGAUUGUAGCCUUUCACUGGACUACUAGCAGAAAGAUGAACGAAGAUCUGGUCGCUAACUCUUUGGGUUUAUGCCAUGAAAACCAGGAAAAUUUAGGAAAUACAUUUAAAGUUAAUCUGAAUCUUUUGCCAAUGCCAAAUAGAACGGAGCUGUUUAAAGAGGUCGCCACCGGAGGCCGAUGGGCACCUACGUCAUGCAAACCUAGGGACCACGUGGCCAUCAUCAUCCCUUACCGUGACAGACAAGAACACCUGGAUAUUCUGCUCCAAAAUCUUCAUCCUUUUCUACAAAGUCAGAAGUGCCAAUACCAGAUAUUUGUCGUUGAACAGGCUCAACAGCAAGACUCUUUAACUGACCCCUCUUUACUAAUCAAACGAGGUCCAAAUUAA